UCUGUUCAUAUUGUGCUUUCCAUCUCAUCUAAGCAGUGUUUCUCUCCAGCAGGUGGAGCUGUGACGAUUGUGUCUGUAAGAACGUCGCACAGCAUGCAAGGAAACUGAGAAGACACUCGUUCAACAUGACGUCCUCCCCGCCCUCAUCUCAGCCAUAGGAACACACACACACACACACAUACACGCAGAAGAACACACACAUCACACUACAGCCCCAGGGUUUGUGAGGUGUGCGCUUUGAGGGAUCAUGUCUGUGGUCUUCACACCUGACGGGACGGAGGAGGGUGAUGGCUCUCUGUCCACCGAUGCUUCCGCAGGCAUCCAUGGCAAAAGCAGCCCGUCGGCGCCCGCUAAAGACACCAACGCCGACAGCACAGAACCAGACGACAACCUCUCCCAGGAUGCACAGCGACGCUGUCAGAAUCACGGCCACACUAGGAAACGAGCCAAGUCGAAUGCAAAGCUCAAGCUGGUGAGGAGUCUUGCAGUUUGUGAAGAAUCUUCAGGACCGUUUUCAACCGACUGUCCUCUAGAAUCACAGGACGUCAUUCAGCUUCACAUCAGCUGUCCAUCGGAUAAAGAGGAGGAGAAAUCCUCGAAAGACGAGUACGAGAAUGAGGAAAGGGAAAAGAAGGAUAAAACUCCACGCAAGAUGCUCUCGCGUGACUCCAGUCAGGAAUACACUGAUUCCACAGGGAUCGAUGUGCACGAGUUCCUGGUGAACACACUGAAAAACAACCCCAGAGACAGAAUGAUGCUGCUCAAGCUGGAACAGGAUAUCCUGGAUUUCAUUAAUGAUGAGAAUAAUCAGUAUAAGAAGUUUCCUCAAAUGACCUCAUAUCAUCGCAUGCUGCUGCAUCGGGUCGCUGCCUACUUUGGCAUGGAUCACAACGUGGACCAAACCGGCAAAGCGGUCAUCAUCAACAAGACCAGCAACACACGCAUCCCCGAGCAGAGGUUCUCUGAGCACAUUAAAGACGAGCGCAACAUGGACUUCCAGAAGAAGUUCAUCCUGAAGCGAGACGAUGCCAGCAUGGAUAAAGACGAUAAUCAGAUCCGGGUACCGCUGCAAGACGGCCGCCGCAGUAAGUCCAUCGAGGAGCGAGAGGAGGAGUACCAGCGCGUCAGAGAUCGCAUCUUUGCACGAGAAUCCUCACAGAAUGGAUACAUCAUUGAUAACAGGGGUAACAGGGAAAGCUCCAGCCGGGCAUCUAGCAGUCGCCAGAGCAGCACCGACAGCGACAUGAAGAGCCUGGAGCCGCGUCCGUGGAGCAGCACAGACUCGGACAGCUCCAACCGUACGCUCAGACCUCCGGUCACCAAAGCCAGCAGCUUCAGCGGCAUCUCCAUCCUCACGCGCGGAGACAGUCUGGGCAGCGCCAGGGGCUCCCGAACAGGUCUUCCCACAGUCACUCUGGACGUUUGUACCCCAGCUCAGCCGCUCCAGCAGAGCCGCGGGCUCCUGCCGUGUCCCCCGAACUGCCCCUCCGGAGCCCCUCAGACCCCGAGCCAACCGGCCCCUCCGCCGCUGCUGCCGACCCCGACUCUCACACACACACACUCUCACACACACACUCACACACAGCACGCCAUCAGCGCGCACAAUCACAUGCUGCCUCAGCCGUCUGCGCAGGCUGUGUCUUACUCAAACCCUUCGUGCCCUCAGGUCAUCUUGCCUGUUUCUCCUUCCCAGCAGUACAACAUGGGAGAUGAGUUGACUCCAGGUUUUGGGCAGAUGUCUCUCAGCCGUCAGAGCUCCAGCGAGGCACCUGAGCCACCCAGCCUAUACCAGCCUCCACCCGCCGUACUAUCCCAGCAUCCUCCACCGCAGCCCAGCUACAUCUUGCCCCCGCCGCCCUCUGGAUACCAGCCUGCCGCUCCACACCCACAUCCUCCUCCACCACCGCCUCCACCAACACAACCCAUCCUACAGACAGCUCCGCCCCUCUCUCUCUCUCUCUCUCUGAUCCAGGUUCAGUAUUAUUCCACCGGAGGACAGUAUCCGAAUUCAGGCCAGCAGUUCCGCUCCAUCUCUCACCAGGUGUCAUACCCCACACAGCGCUCUCAGCCGCUGCCCCCGCCGGCGCAGCCCUCCGCUCCUCUCCAGCCCAUGAUGACCAAUCAGCAGCCUGCGUACCAGGGCAUGAUGGGAGUCCAGCAGCCUCAGAGCGCCAGUAUGAUGAACACACAGCGCACGGCCAUGAAUGGACAGAUGCCGGGCAUGAUGGUCCAGUACCCACCCAUGCCCUCCUAUCAGGUGCCUGUAGCUAAUGAGAGUCAGUCUGUGGUGCAGCAGCAGUACCAGCAGCCCGUCAUGGUUCCCGCCAGUCAGUCUGUACAGGCAGCCAUGCCGACCGCGGCACCCAUGCCUGUCUACUACAGCGUACUGACGCCCACACAACAGAACAGCACAAGUCCGUCUGUGGGUUACUUGCAGCCUCCCAGUUCAGAUCAGUACCAGAUGACCCAGUCUGCCUCACCCUGCAGCCCACAGCCAAUGCAACAGCAGUAUUCAGGGGUUCCUCCUCCUGGUCCUGGUGUGAUGGUAAUGCAGCUCAGCGUCCCGAACGGACCGCAGCCGACCCAGAAUCCUCCGCUGGUGCAGUGGAACCCCUGCAAGUACUACAGCAUGGAGCAGAGACCCAGCAACCCCGAGCCGCAGGUAACGGCACUAGGAAAAACUAAAUUCGAAUUUUUCAAAUCGUUCUCUAUGUGCAGUAAAGAAAGAUCUGAGAAUCUGUCCUGUGCCACUGAAGAUCGGAGCCAGAUUCUCCUCAUAACUGAGCAACUUAUUUCGGAUGUAGCUGAACCAAUGGGCAGUCUACUUUAUGUGUGUGUGUGUGUGUCAGCAGAUGGACGCUACUCUUUACUGGGGCAGCCGCUGCAGUACAGUCUGUGUCCUCCUCCCAUCAUGCACAACCACAACCAGUCCUCCUACAGCUCCCAUCAGAGUCAGGGAGUGAUGAAGCACGGAGCGCGGGGGAAAAGACAAACGCUCAAAUCUGCCUCUACAGACCUGGGAACUACUGACGUGGUGGUGAGUCGGGUGCUGGAGGUGACCGACCUCCCCGAGGGCAUUUCCCGUCCAGAGGCCGAGAAGCUCUUCAACCAGCUCUCGCUCUGCGGCGCCAAGAUCCAGUGGCUGAAGGACCCUCAGUGUCCCCGGGGCCACGGCGGCGGACGGGGAGACGCCAGGGACCCCGCUAACCUCUACACCGUGGUGGCUGUGUUCCCCAACACAAUGGCGGCCCAGAGCGCCUCCUUCAAACUCAACAACAGCGGCGGGAGUUUGUUCAAACUGCGCGCCACCAAAAAGAACUAUGACUUGCGCGUGCUGGAGCGAGCGAGCUCGCAGUGAGUCGGGAGAGAGAGAGAGGAAGUCGAAGAUGUCAAAGGGAAGAGAUCAUCCUGGUGUUCCUUAGGGAUCUUUUUUAUUGUUUUGUAUCAUUAACCGAAGAGCACAUAUGACACAGAAGCGUGUUGCGUUGUGUGUAUCGUAUGACGCACACACACACACACACAGACACACUCAUAAACACAAGCGGACAUCUUAAA